UAACGAAGGGUGGGGUUCUAGCCGUUCAGAAUGGCCGGGUACCCAGAUACGCGCCUAAUUCAGGGCAAAACUGCACGUGAGAAGAGGGCUGCUGGGUUGAGCCAAGGCCAGCAGAAAGCAUGUCCAGUGACCCUCCACCACCUUACCCAGGGGGGCCAUCGGCCCCCCUCUUAGAAGAGAAGGAUGGCCCACCUUUCCCUGCAGGCAGAGUCUCGCCUGCCAUGGUGCAGCCACAAGGGGCCCCGCAGCCACCUUCAGAGUUUGGGCCUCCUCCAUAUGAACCACCAUCCCAGCCGGGCUUCAUCCCUCUACCCGUGGCCACUGAUGGAUCCAUGCCCUACAUGCCACCUGGUGGCUACUACCUGCCUCCAGGACCACAUCCUGCCAUGGGCUACUACCCUCCAACAGGCCCCUACCCCCCUCCAGGGAGUCAAACGGCGACCGUGCUGGUACCCUCGGGAGCAGCAACAACAGUGACAGUGCUGCAGGGAGAGAUAUUCCAAGCGGCCCCUGUCACCACUGUGUGCCCACACUGCCAGCAGGCCAUCACGACCAAGAUCUCCCAUGAAAUUGGUUUCAUGAGUUUCCUGUUGGGCUUCUUCUGCUGCUUUGUAGGGUGUGACCUGGGCUGCUGCUUGAUCCCGUGCCUUCUUGAUGACUUCAAGGAUGUGACUCACACCUGUCCCAACUGCAAGGCCUACAUCUACACAUACAAGCGCAUGUGCUAGCAGCACCCACUGGUCUGGGCCAUCACCUCGGCCUCUUCCUUCUCCUUGCGCCACUAGUCUGGCUUAUCUACCACUUGAAUGCUCCCUUGUUUGCCUUCCCAUUCUCCCUCUGCUGCAGAGAGCUCUGAAGGCAUCUGGAGCUGCUGGGUCAGCUGUGGGAUGGGCACCAUGAUUGGAUGCAGGGGGGAGGCCUCAUGGGCUUGCUUGUGUCCUCUGUAGCUUUCUUGUUUUCAAGGAAAUGGGGAGGGCUCUUUACAUCAGGCACCUCAUUCUUUGGAAUGCCCCUUAGCUGUUGGAGGCCUAGAGGUGGUAGGACAGCCCUAUAUCUGGUGGUUGCACAGCCUGCCCCCAGGCUUCUCCUAGCCUUCACUUCUCCCCCUUGGUGUGUGCUUGGAAGCAAAGCUGUUUCCCCUCCAAGAGAGCUCUGGGGAGCCCUGGCUGCUCGGUUGUGUUGGCUUUCCUGCCUCACUUUUGGGAGAUGCAAUACAAAAGGAAGCAUCCAAAGAAUUGAGGGGGAGGAUGUGAAUCUUCGUCUUCUGUUUGUUUGUUUUUGUGAUUUGGGAGUGGAUCCAGGAUCCUCUGAUUUUUUCCCCCUGGGACACAUACAGUUUCCUGUGCCUCUUGCAUGGGGCAGAAGCCUAGGAGACAUCUUUCCAGCCAUUGGGUGCCAGGGCCUCUUUCCUUUUGCAAUCUGUCUUGCAGGCCUGUUCCCAUGUCCAGCCUGCUGGGGCAGGGAGGAGAGGCAACCGUAAGGCUUGUGGCCAGAACAGAGCAGAGGUGAUUUUGCAGGCCUGGCCUCUGCCUCCGUGGCUCCUCUUUCAAUACCUUCCAGACCCGGUUUCUACUCCUUUAGUGUUUAUCCAGGUUGCAAGGAGGCUGCAAAUGACAUAAGCCACCUUGGGCUCUGUCCCGUCCCAUGCAUGUAAAUAGCUUGGGCAACCUGCAAAGGAAUGUGCUUGCCUAGAGUUUUGUUUUUUGUUCUUUUAACUGUGAAUUAUUAGAAAUGUGAAAAUUGUGUUUUCCCCACUUGAUUUUGCACUAAUUCCUCUGGGAAAGCCCCCCCCCCCGCAUCUUUGCAUGGAUGCACAACAGGGCCUGAGGCUACCCCACCCACUGGAUAGGUUUGUGUGGGCAGGAAGGGCCCACUCCCCAAGGCUUUCAUGGGGUGGGCAAAGUUUCUGCUUUCAGCCUUUGACUGCUCAGAGAAAUAACCAGCUGGGCUUUUCCAUGUUUGUAUAUAAAUUAAAGACAGAUUCCACCA